AUGAAGUCAGUCCAGUUUUGUUUCCUUUUCUGUUGCUGGAAAGCAGUCUGCUGCAAUAGCUGUGAGCUGACCAACAUCACCAUCGCCGUGGAGAAGGAGGAAUGUGGCUUCUGCAUAAGCAUCAACACCACCUGGUGUGCGGGCUACUGCUACACCCGGGACCUGGUGUACAAGGACCCAGCCCGGCCCAACAUCCAGAAAACAUGCACCUUCAAGGAGCUGGUGUACGAGACAGUGAAAGUGCCUGGCUGUGCUCACCACGCGGACUCCCUGUACACGUACCCAGUGGCCACUGCAUGUCACUGUGGCAAAUGUAACAGCGACAGCACUGACUGCACCGUGCGAGGUCUGGGGCCCAGCUACUGCUCCUUCGGUGACAUGAAGGAAUAA